ACUAACAGAUGGCGUUGACCUUUGUCAACACGUGAAGAAAACGGUUGGAAUAGUGUGGUGUAAAACUGAGAAAGAGAAAUGUCUCUACUAAUAAAUCAAGUAAAAUUAGGCCGUAAUUUAUUAUCAUUAACCCAACCGCUAUUUCUACAGCCCAACCGGAAACUCAGAGGAAAAGCUCCGGAUGUUGCAAGAUCGCUUAAGCAGCGAUUAGAUGAAAUUUCUAGGGCCGAAAGAGAUCCUAAUCUCCAUUUCAAAGUCAACAUAGGUUUACCUCAUCUAAAACCAUCAAGAGGAGAAGAAUAUUCGUGUAGGCAGAAAAUAUUACAAUCACGAAAAGGACGCCAGUCAUCACCAAAUGAACAAAUAUCAUUAGAAGAAAUCAGAAAAGAGUGGCUCAAAACAUCUGCCCCUUUCCAUAUAAGAACUAUAGCUGAGCAUUACAACAUCUUUGAAGAUUUAUUUGGGGAAGCUUUCUUCUUACCAAGAAUUCCACUCUCCAUCAAAUAUGAACAGCCUGAUGGUUCAAAUUUACCAGUUUAUUGUGGGAAUCAGAUAAAACCAAAAGAGGCUUCUGUAGCCCCUAGUGUAACAUUUGAAGCAGAUCCUUCUUCACUUUGGUCCCUAGUUCUGACAAAUCCAGAUGGCCACCUUAGUGAAAAAGAUGCUGAAUGUUUACAUUGGUUCAUAGGAAAUAUUCCUGGCAACGACAUUGAGAAAGGAGAGGAAAUUGUUAAUUAUUUACAACCAUUUCCACCAAGAGGAACAGGAAGUCAAAGACUUGUAUUUGUCUUGUACAAGCAAGAGAAACUAAUUGAUUUUGGUUCAUAUCGGAAAAGUGCACCAUGCUUAGAGUUAGCUAACAGGACAUUUCAUAUGAAGAAAUUUUAUAGAGAAAUGCAAGAUUCCAUCACACCUGGAGGCCUAUCUUUUUUCCAAAGUGACUGGGAUGAUUCAUUAACAGAAUUUUUUCACAAAACACUCAAUAUGCAAGAGCCAAUUUAUGACUUCGAUUUUCCUGAGCCUUACAAGAGGCCGCCAGUAUGGUUUCCAAAGAAAGCAGCUUUUAAUUUGUACCUAGACAAACAUCGUGACACAAAACAAAUAUCCAAGGAACUACUUCUGAAACGGAUGAAGACAGUCGAUCCUUUUGAACCCAAAAAGCCUGAGCCCAAAUAUCCGAAUGCACUACCUGAGGACAACAAAUUACCUUCAUGGGUACGUGUGGAAAUUCGAAAACAAAGAUUGAAAUGGGGCCGUUAUAGCGAUAUGUAAACCACUACAAUGUGUUAGAAAACAAUAAACUACUCGAAACUGA